UGCAGCGGAAGAAAUCUCCCACCCUCUCGGUGAUCGCGUGUUGGAUCACUCUACUCGACCUGUCUCCACCUUGUACUCUCUCCGCGGUGUACCGGGAGCACCUCUGUGUAGUAGUUGAGUUAAAAGUUUGCAUUGCCAACUAGCCAACCAGCCAGUCAGUCAGCCAGCUAGCAAGUUCAUCAGGUGGUCAACUCGAAGAAAACAAUCCUUACGCGCUCAUCGUACGUGGUGCACACACCGGUCUUAUAAUGGCGAGACGCGGUGACCAUUUUGGUACGAUAAAAGUCGAGGGCAGCCUUCGGGUGUUCUUGCGCCGGUUCGAGAAGAGCUGAGGAAAUAAAAAAGAAGAGGGAGAGGAACGGGUUCUCCAGUGCCAGUGUGCAGUCUAGUCGAAGACACAGGAUGAUAGCGAACGUCCGAUGAGCAUCCUGCUUCCCGUUGCCUUCCUGCCAAAGAAAGAGUGAGAGAAAGAGAGCAGACACCUUCGGGGUGAUUGAGCUACUGCCACUUCCAUCCUUUCUCCACCACCGCAAUAAGACUAAGAGAUGCCGAAACGAGAGAAAAUGUCCAGUCGAGAAUCACAGGAAACUUGCACGCGGCCUCAUUGCGUUGCGAUAGAAAAAAGCAUGUCGACCAGGAAAACGAAAAUGAUUCCGCCGGACGGUGGAUGGGGCUGGGUGGUGCUCUUCUCCGCUCUCACCGUCAACUUCCUUAUCCCGGGUACCGUCAAGUCUUUCGGCGUACUCUUUGUCGAGUUCCUGCACGUCUUCAAGGCAUCCUCCACGGCAGCUUCUUGGAUGCCGGCGUUAUGUUACUUUCUGUACAGCUCGUUAGGUCCUUUAUCUAGUAUUCUGUCGACCAAGUACUCUUAUAGAACUGUGACUCUCAUUGGCGGCGCUUUCGCGGCCAGCGGGAUGAUGCUAAGCUAUUUUGCCAAUUCAGUUACUUAUCUUUACGUCAGUUAUGGACUUAUGGUCGGAAUCGGUGCUGGAUUAUCAUUUCCACCGACGGUUUACAUCGUCACGCAGUAUUUCGAGAAGUUACGAGGGGUAGCAAAUGGUUUGUGCAUUUCCGGCAGCGCGAUUGGCACUAUAGUGCUACCACCAUUACUACAAUAUCUGCUGGAUUGCUUUGGAUACAGAGGAGCGGUACUCAUUAUGGGCGGAAUCACGCUAAAUACGUUAGUCUGCGGCCUGCUCUAUCAUCCGGUCGAGAAGCACAUGAAAAUCAUAUAUCUAGACGAAGGUAUUGAUAAUGAAGCACUGACUCUCGAUGAAUCUAUCGAUGGAAAACAAAUGGCAACUGAAAAAACAGAAAAUGAUUUAAAAUAUGAUUCAAAUCUCCAAACUAUUUACAAUAAUGACAAUAAACUCUCAAAUUUCUCGCACAAUGUAGUGCUGGAAUCGAUCAACGAAAAGACAUCGUCUGAGAAAAAUGAUCGGAAAAUCGACACAAUUCUUAGAUUACGAUCCGAUGUUUCUAAUGAGGAUGUGAAUUCUCGAACGCGAGACGAGAUUUCGCAAGAGGAUAUUGCGAACGAAAUUUGUUUGACGAUCCGUCCGAAUCUCACGAAAGAAGAUAUGAACGGUGAUAUGCAAAAUUUACCGCGACGAAGCAGCGCUAUUGCUGAAGACGACAGCAAACUGCACUUCGAUUCUUCGAAAAUCGUGGACAAUUCUAAGGAUGACGGUAACAAGAAGCAUGCAGAGGAAUCUAAACAAGACGACGCGCUCUCGAAAUCGGUAAAAACAUCAACGAAGAACCUCGAUCAGUCCGAGAAGACACCCUUUUUUGAUCUGAGUGUGCUGAGGGAUCCUAUUUAUUUGGUGAUUUUAAUUUCCAACACCACAUCGGCCAUCAGCAAUACGAAUUUCAUGAUACUGUUGCCGUCCUACGCGAUCACCGAGGGUUUCGACAAGAGCUCGUCAGCUCUGCUACUGUCGAUAGUCUCCGCGUUGGAUUUAGUUGGUAGGAUCAGUGGCGCAUCUCUAUCCGACAUCGACUUUGUCCCAAAAUAUUAUUACUUCGUAGGCGGACUCGGCACCAGCGGUAUCGCUCUGGCAUUAUUACCUAUGGCGACCAGUUAUACUAUGCUGUCCUUCUUCUGUGGUCUGUUUGGUCUAUCUUCGGGCAUGUACAUCGGCAUCACGACGGUCAUUCUAGCAGAUAUGCUGGGAACUGAGAAGCUCAGCUCGUCCUACGGAAUAUCAUUAUUCGUUAAUGGCGUUCUGCAACUCAUCGGACCACCCAUUUGCGGAGUCGUCUUUGAGAAUGUGCUUUCAUAUAAGCCCAUCUUUCUAGCCCUUGGAAUUAUCUUGAUUCUGGGUACUGCACUAUGGGCAGUAGUACCGAUCAUCAAUAGAAACAAAAAGAAGGACUUAGAAACGAUAUAAAAUUUUACCAAUGCUUGGAUCGAGGUCUCGAUGAGCCAAGUGUUAAUUAUAAAAGACUUUUUUUAGACUACAGUCACACGAGAAUCUUUUUAGAAUUUUACGAUCUGAAAGAGAUUCAAGAGUUCUUAAAUACAUGAAACGAACGUUUAAAUUCGUUGCAUUUAGUAAAAUUUUGAUAC